UGAGUCACACUGGAGAGAAGCCAUUUAAGUGUUCUGAAUGUGAAAAAGGUUUUACAUCGAAGGAAAAUCUUACUCAACACCAAAUGAGUCAUACUGGAGAGAAGCCAUUUAAGUGUUCUGAAUGUGAAAAGGGUUUUACAUCGAGGUCAAAUUUUAUGAGACACCAGGUAUGUCACACUGGAGAGAGACCAUUUAAAUGCUCAGAAUGUUAUAAGAGCUUCACAACUAAGGGAAAUCUUGUUGAACAUGAGAGGUUCCACACAGGAGAGAAUCUAAUUAAAUGUUUAGAAUGUGACAAGUGCUUCACCCAAAAGUUAAGACUUGAGGAACACCAGAGGGUGCACACAGGAGAGAGACCAUACAGGUGUUCAGAAUGUGACAACUGCUUCUCACAAAAGAGAAAACUUGAGGAACACCAGAGGAUCCACACAGGAGAAAGACCGUACAGGUGCUCAGAAUGUGGCAGAUGUUUCAGGUUGAAGACGCAGCUUACUGGUCACUUGAGGACUCACACUGGAGAGAAACCAUUUAAAUGCCCAUGCUCUGAAUGUGAAAAGUGUUUCACAAAAAAACAAAUUCUUAUCAGACACCAGAGGAUUCACACUGGAGAGAAGCCAUUUAUGUGUUUAGAAUGUGACAAGUGCUUCUCAAUUAAGCAUCAUCUAACUCAACACCACAGGAUACACACAGGAGAGAGGCCAUUUAAAUGCUCAGAAUGUGACAAGAGAUUCUCACAGAAGAUUAUUCUUACUGAACACCAACGAAUUCACACUGGAGAGAAGCCAUUUGGAUGUUUAGAAUGUGGGAAGUGCUUCAAACAAAAGUCAAAUCUUAAUACUCACCAGAGGACUCAUACUGGAGAGAAACCCUUUAAAUGCUCAGAAUGUGACAAAAGCUUCCCACUAAAGAGAACUCUUUCUGAACACCAGAAGACUCACACUGGAGAGAAGCCAUUUAGAUGUUCCGAAUGUGGCAAGUGCUGCACAAAAAAGACAAAUCUUACUGAACACCAGAGGAUCCACACAGGAGAGAAACCACAUGGGUGUUCAGAAUGUGACAAAUGUUUCACCUCAAAGUCAAGGCUUUCUGUUCACCAGAGGAUUCACACUGGAGAGAAACCAUAUAGGUGCUCAGAAUGUAACAAGAGCUUCACAAAAAGGUCAUAUCUUAUCAGCCACCAGAAGAUUCACACUGGAGAAAAGUCUACAUUCAUGUGCUCUGAAUGUGAAAAGUGCUUUACAAACAAGGAAAAUCUUAUUAGACACCAAAAGAUUCACACUGUAGAGAAACCAUUUAGAUGUUCUGAAUGUGACAAGUGCUUCUGUCAAAAGGUUAAUCUUACUGAACACCAGAGGAUCCACACAGGAGAGAAACCAUAUUGGUGUUCAGAAUGUGACAAAUGUUUCACCACAAAGUCAAAGCUUGCUAUUCAUCAGAGGAAUCACACUGGAGAGAAACCAUAUAGAUGCUCAGAAUGUGACAAAUGCUUCUCUCAAAAAGGAAGUCUUACUGGACAUUGGAGGAUCCACACAGGAGAGAAACCAUAUUGGUGUUCAGAAUGUGACAAAUGUUUCACCACAAAGUCAAAGCUUGCUAUUCAUCAGAGGAAUCACACUGGAGAGAAACCAUAUAAAUGCCUAGAAUGUGACAAGGGCUUUCCACAGAAAAAAUAUCUUAAUGAACAUCAGAGGAUCCACACAGGAUUGAAACCAUAUGGAUGUUCAGAAUGUGGCAAAUGUUUUACAUUGAAGUCACAGCUUACUACUCACCAGAGGACUCACACUGGAGAGAAACCAUAUAAAUGCUCAGAAUGUGACAAGAGCUUCAGACAAAAGACAAGAAUUCUGAUCAGACACCAGAAGAUUCACACUGGAGAGAAACCAUUUAGAUGCUCAGAAUGUGACAAGUGCUUCUUGCAUAAGCAUCAUCUUACUCAACACCACAGGCUACACACUGGAGAGAAGCCAUUUAAAUGCUCAGAAUGUUACAAGAGCUACUCGCAGAAGACUACUCUAAUCGAACACCAAAAAUAUCACACUGAAGAGAAGCCAUUUGGAUGUUUAGAAUGUGGGAAGUGCUUCAAACAAAAGUCAAAUUUUACUACUCACCAGAGGACUCAUACCGGAGAGAAACCUUUUAAAUGCUCAGAAUGUGACAAAAGCUUCACACGAAAGAGAAUUCUUUCUGAACACCAGAGGAUUCACACUGGAGAGAGGACAUUUGAAUGUUCUGAAUGUGGCAAGUGCUGCACAAACAAGACACAUCUUAUUCAACACCAGAGGACUCACACCGGAGAGAAACCAUAUAGAUGUUCAGAAUGUGACAAGUGCUUCUCACGAGAGCCAAAUCUUAUUGCACAUCGGAGAGUCCACACAGGAGAGAAACCAUAUAAGUGCUUAGAAUGUGACAAAAGCUUCUCAGAAAAGGAAAUUCUUAUCAGGCACCAGAGGAUUCACACUGGAGAGAGACCAUAUAAAUGCUCAGAAUGUGACAAGAGCUUUUCACAGAGGGUUACUCUUACUUUACAUCAGAGGAUCCACAAAGGAGUGAAACCAUAUGGGUGUUCAGAAUGUGACAAAUGUUUCAUCUCGAAGUCAAAGCUUUCAGUUCACCAGAGGACUCACACUGGAGUGAAACCAUAUAGGUGCUCAGAAUGUGACAAGAGCUUCACAAAAAGGACACGUCUUACCCAACACCAGGGGAACCACACAGGAGAUAAGACAUUUGAGUGCUCUGAAUGUAAAAAGUGCUUUUCAAACAAGCAAAAUCUUAUCAGACACCAGAAGAUUCACACAGGAGAGAAACCAUUUAGAUGUUCACAAUGUGACAAGUGCUUCUCAUUUAAGCAUCAUCUUACUCAACACCAGAGGAUUCACACUGGAGAGGAGCCAUUUAAAUGCUCAGAAUGUAACAAGGACUUCAUAGAAAAGAGAGCUCUUACUGAACACAAGAGGACUCACACAGGAGAGAGGCCAUUUAAAUGCUCAGAAUGUGACAAGUCCUUCAUACGAAAGAGAAAUCUUGUUGAACAUCAGAGGAUCCACACAGGUGAGAAACCAUAUUGGUGUUCAGAAUGUGAGAGAUGUUUCAGCUUGAAGUCACACCUUACAGUUCACCAGAGGACUCACACUGGUGAGAAACCAUUUGCAUGCUCAGAAUGUGACAAGAGCUUCAUACAAAAGAUAGAUCUUAUUAAACAUCAGAAGAUCCACACAGGAGAGAAACCAUACAGAUGUUCAGAAUGUGACAAGUGCUUCUCACAAAAGUCGAACCUUCUGGAACAUCAGAACAUCCACACAGGAGAGAAACCAUAUAGAUGCUCAGAAUGUGGCAAAUGUUUCACCUCGAAGUCACAGCUUACUAUUCACCAGAAGAUACACACUGGAGAGAAACUAUUUACAUGCUUACACUGUGACAAGAGCUUCGCUCAAAAGUCAAAUCUUAAUAAACACCAGAAGAUCCACACUGGGAAAAAGCCAUUUAAGUGCUCUGAAUGUGAAAAAGGUUUUAUAUCGAAGGAAAAUCUUAAGAGACACCAGAUGAGUCACAGUGGAGAGAAGCCAUUUAAGUGCUCUAAAUGUGAAAAAAGUUUUAUAUCGAAGGAAAAUCUUAAGAGACACCAGAUGGUUCACACUGGAGAGAAGCCAUUUAAAUGUCCAGAAUGUGACAAGAGCUUCACACAAAGGACAAAUCUUGUUGCACAUCAGAGUAUCCACACUGGAGAGAAGCCAUUUAAGAGCUCUGAGUGUGAAAAGGGUUUUACAAUUAAGGAAAAUCUUAUGGGACACCAGAUGAGCCACACUGGAGAGAAGCCAUUUAAAUGUCCAGAAUGUGGAAAGGGCUUUUCCCUAAAGAAAAGUCUUACUACUCACCUGUGGACUCACACUGGAGAGAAACAAUUUAAAUGCUCAGAAUGUGACAAGUGCUUCACACGAUGGACAAAUCUUGUUGCACAUCAGAGGAUCCACACAGGAGAAAAACUACUUUUGUGUUCAGAAUGUGACAAAUGUUUCACCAACAAAGUUCAGUUCAUUGCUCACCAGAGAACUCACACUGGAGAGAAACCCUUUAAAUGCUCAGAAUGUGACAAGAGCUUCAGAGAAAAGAGAAAUCUUAUUAAACACCAGAGGGUCCACACAGGAGAGAAGCUAUUUACAUGUUUAGAAUGUGACAAGGGCUUCCCAUAUAAGUUAAAACUUGAGGAACACCAGAGGAUCCACACAGGAGAGAGACCAUACAGUUGUUCAGAAUGUGAUAAAUGUUUCAGGUUGAAGACGCAGCUUUCUGAUCACUUGAGGACUCACACUGGAGAGAAACCAUUCAAAUGCACAGAAUGUGACAAAAACUUCACAGAAAAGAAAAGUCUAGUUGAACAUCAGAGGAUCCACACAGGAGAGAAACUACUUUUCUGUUCAGAAUGUGACAAAUGUUUUACCAAGAAAAUUAAGCUCAUUGUUCACCAGAGAACUCACACUGGAGAGAGACCUUUUAAAUGCUCAGAAUGUUUCAAGAGCUUCACAGAAAAGAGAAGUCUGUUUGAACACCAGAAAACCCACACUGGAGAGAAGCUAUUUAGAUGUUUAGAAUGUGACAAGUGCUUCACACAAAAGUUAAAACUUGUGAAACACCAGAGAAUCCACACAGGAGAAAAGCCAUACAGCUGUUCAGAAUGUGACAAGUGCUUCUCACAGAAGAUAAAACUUGAUGAACAUCAGAGGAUCCACACAGGAGAGAGACCAUACAGGUGCUCAGAAUGUGACAAAUGUUUCAGGUUGAAGACGCAGCUUACUGUUCACUUGAGGACUCAUACUGGAGAGAAACCAUUUAAAUGCCCAGUUUGUUACAAGGGCUUCGCCCAAAAGGGAAAUCUUACUGGUCACCAGAAGAUCCACAAUUAAAUGCA